AUGGUCGUGAAGCUAUCAGUCGCCCUGUACGCGGACGUGUACCCCAGUCUGCCGGCGCGUCAACGGUCGGGCUGCGCGGAGCCCAAGCGACAGAAGAUCUGCUGCGCCCUCCCGGCCCUGGUGGAAGACGACUCCGAGGCGGAGAUGGAGCGGGAACACUGCCACGUCCGCGCCGAAGCCCUCAGGCGCCAGAAGACCGACCCUCACCGCCGGAGGAGGGUCCAGCGCAGCGUGCUGCCGUCGCUCUCCGAGGACGAGGAGCCU